GCAAUCCCAAUUGACAAACUGCAGUUACAUUUGUGAUUUCGACAAGAAACGAAGUAAAAACUAUGGAAUCUCUCAAAUGGUUGAUGACAUUAAUCGCGCUGUCCUGUGCUUUGCCAAACAAGCAAGAUACCACGGGCUGCCUUGGAGAGUGCUCAUCGAGGGACUUUGAUAAUCAGAUUGAUCUUUUGCCCCAUCAGAACUGUUCUCAGUUCUGUUCCUGCAUCGAUGGAUUACUCCAUGUAAUCAAUUGUCCGCAGGGCUUGCAUUACUCAAAGGCAGACCAGCAGUGCACCUCCCAAAUUCCAGCACAGUGUAAAGAUUUAACGCUUGCCGGAGGGAGUAAUGAAUUUUUAGAGGAUUUAAGUGAAUUAGUCAAUGGAAACCCUUCAUCUAGAGUAGCUCGUUCACCGAUUUCGAUAGUAACGGCUGCUCCAACUGUAACUGUCACAGGCUCACCUACCACUAUCACAGUAACCCCAACCACAACUACUACUUGCGUAGGUGUAACUAUAACAAAAACCCCAACAACAACAACCUGUCUACCUACAACAAUAACAGCAACAUCGACUUCGACCGUAACUUCCACUGUAUCUUUGACUUCGACCGCAACGUUGACGUCAACCGUCACUUCAACGUCCACUGUAACAUCGACUGCAACCGCAACAUCAACUUCAAUCGUAACUACAACUGCAAUACCUACUCCAACAGUAACGAUCACCCCAACUUCUACUGUCACCGUAAUUCCAACUGUAACUGCAACUUGCACAGAGACUGUAACAGCCACUCCACCCGCAAGAGUCAUUCCAACAUUAAUUGCAACACCAGUUUUCCUUCAACCGAUCCCUGAAUCGAUCUCUGACGUGACAGGAUGCAUUGGACUCUGUCCUGCAGAGGAUCCAACUGAUGUGGUCCAUCUACCACACGAGCACUGUGAAAAAUUCUGCAAGUGCAGCUAUGGCAGAGCUCAUCUUUUCACCUGCGACCCAGGUCUUCAUUUCAAUGCCAAACUCCAGGUCUGCGACAGCCCCCAGAACGCCAAGUGCGAAGGAAGAUGGAUGGCAAUAAUUGUACUGAUGACUGCAGUAUCAGCAGAUUCUAUUCCAUUCCGGAGUAAUCAACUGCCAGAUGAUGUGAGCAAGUGCAUAGGAAUCUGUCCUAAGAAGUAUCCACCUCACCUCAUAUUGACUCUGGAGCACCAGGAGUGUGGUAAAUACUGCAAAUGUAAUGAGGGAAUACCGUACGUAUAUUGGUGUCCGGAGGACUUCCACUUCAACAGAAUGUAUGGAACGUGCACAUGGCCAGAAGACGCUAAAUGCCCCAGAUGGAGACGUGAUCAUGAUGAAAGAGGAUGCGUUGGUAGAUGUCCCGAGGGAGAUCCAAUUUACGCCGUGCAUCUACCCCACCAAUACUGCAGUAAAUUCUGCAAAUGUAAUCACGGUGUUCCGCAUGUGCUGCCAUGUCCUCCAGGUCACCACUUCAAUCCCAAAGAGGAAGUCUGUGACCGUACGACUCUUCCUGAGGACAGCAAUCACAUUUGCGAUUCUGAGCCAGGCACUAUGAGAUCUUCAAUAGGAUUGGCGGGAGUGAUCGCACUGCUGUGUGCAGUGUCAGCAAAGCCACUAGACCCCUCCGGUUGCCAGAAAAAGUGUCCAACGUUCAACCCCAAUGACGAUGUUUACCUAGUGCCUCAUCGCAAUUGUUCUGAAUUCUGUUCCUGCAACGGUGGAAUCGCCUUUGUCCUGGCUUGUCCACCAGGGCUACAUUAUUCACCCAAGACUCGUACCUGCACCUACCCAUAUGAAGCCAACUGCUCAAACCAUGAACUGAGUGAUGAACCCGUUGCAUUUCUGCAAGCUUCCACAGAUUUUUAUGUUGAAUCGAGCCAGCAGUGCAUUGGAAACUGCCCUCCUACAGAUCCACCUCAUCUGGUAGUGACUCUGGAGCACGAUGACUGCGAUAAAUACUGUAAGUGUCAGAAAGGCGUGGCGACGGUGUUCAAGUGUCCAAAGGACUUCCACUUCAGCAAGCCUUUGGGGAUAUGCACAUUGCCGGAAUUAGUCCAGUGCCCGAGGUGGCCAAAACCACCUGCAGGCUGGUGUCCUUGCGACAGUAUUUUAACUCAAACUGUUACGGAUACUACAACAGUGUCAGUGAUGCCUACUGCAACAUAUACUGUCACAUCAACUCUAACGAGGACAUCAGAGAGAACUAUCACCUCUACACGUACUGUAACUAACUGGGCACCGACUCAAACUGUCACUGUCACCGAAAUACACAGUAACGUAAGACCGGAUGUUACUGUUACCGAAACUGUAACCGUUUCUGUACCUAUAUCAUCAACAACACCUAUACCAACACUAACAACAACAACAACAACAACAACAACUACUACUACAAUAACACCAACAACAACUACUACUACAAUAACACCAACAAGUACGAUUACAAUUAACACCGUAACACCAACAAGUACGAGUACAAUCAACACCGUAACACCAACUAGCAACUACCCGCCUAUAGAGGGAGACGGAAGAUGCAAAGGUCAUUGUCAGCACAUAGAUCCUGUAGAUGUGGAGCAGUUACCCCAUGAGCUCUGUAGCAAAUUCUGCAAGUGUAACUUCGGCGUACCAGUGUCAUUUAACUGUCCGUACGGUCAAUACUACAAUCCCGAACUUCGCGUCUGCGAUUACCCUCAGAAUGCUGGUUGCAAAGGUAUACACGAUCAAUGGAAUCCAAUUGAGAUGGCAAUUCUCAAGGCACACGUUUGGCCACUGUUGCUUCUUGUUGGUGUUUUCAAGAGCACUGCAGCUACUCCUCUUUACGCAUCGCCAUUCUUCGGUGCAGGGAUAGGUAGAAACAUCCGUCACUUGCCAUGCGUAUCCCUGAAGACUGGGGAGACAGGUGUCUGUAUGUUUGCUUUCAACUGUGUUAAAGCCAAUGGUACCCACCUGGGCACCUGUCUCGACAGAUUCUACUUCGGUAGCUGUUGUAAGAUCAAUGAUGAGCCGGAGAUAUUCCCCCAAGAUAACUCAAUAGACGAGCUGAAUGGCCUGGGAUCCACUGGUGCACCGAUCGAGACUAAUGACAUUCCGGAUUAUCAGGCUAAACCCAAACCUGAAAAGGUGCCGGCUAUUGUCACCACCGGAAAACCAAUAAAAAAUACUUACACAACGCCAACAACAGUGACGAGAACGUCAACAAUGAAUAUUUCACCAUCGAUAGCUCUAUCGACAUUCCAGACGAUUCAAGAUAACAGGACGCCGACAGUGACGAAACCGACGACUUUGCAUUUCUCGAGGUACACCACUGAGAGGACAACGACACAGGAAAUGUCGACAACUGAGGCCUUGGUGAGGAGAACGUCAGUUUCUUCGUUGAUUCCAUCGUCAGUAGCUUUCUCAACAUCUUCGUCGGUAUCAACAACGCUGAGCACAACGACAACGGAGAGGGCACCUGCGACUAGAUUUCCACCGAGAAAUGCAACUACUCAAGCCUUUACCAGCAGAAGGCCCACAACGGCGACGACGAGGAGACCCUCGACGUCUGUAAGCACGAAGAAACCUACGGUCAUCACCAAGAGACCUAGCAGGCCCACUGCGAGCUCCUACAGACCCUCGAACAACUCAUCAAAGCCUUCAACGAGUUCAUCGAAGCCAUCUCAAGCGCCGAGACCGGCGAUUACGACUCCCUCAACGAUCUCUACGACGUUGAAACCUCUUGUUCUCGCGGAGACCACAACUGCUUCUUCGUCAAGUGUGUCGGGAACAAAAUCAAAGCCCAAUGCGACAACGAGUAUUCCAACCUCGACGAGAAGACCGAGUAUUGAGACGACAGAGAAGACGAGACCAACAACUGGACCCCCUCGCGGGACAGCUUCGACGACAGUCAGACCGAGGACAACUACAAAGCCAACGAAGACGACGGUGACCUCUGUCAAACCAACAAGACCGGUGAGACCGACGACAGGGGAUAAAACGAGGCCCAGACCAUCGUCGACGACGAUCAAGCCCUCGACGAAGCCUAGACCGUCCUCCAAACCAAGUAAACCAACCAAACCCAGCAGACCAGCAGGAAGCACUGCUGGUAUUACUGUACCUCUGACGACUGUCUCGUCAUCGUUGACGGCGGCAACAACUCCGGCCACAUCAACAACAACACGACAACAACUCUCGAGCACGACAAGCUCAACGACAACCACGACGACAACCACGACAACCACAACCACAACAGAGGAACCUGUCACCCUGACCAACGAGAUCCUUCCACCAAAAUUUGCCACGACCAGCUCACCACCCAUUACCACCGAGGGUUUCGUCACUUGGAGCUCCAAUUCCGAUAGCUACGUCACACCCACCACCACGUCAACCACCUCAGCACCGGUACCAGAAGUCACCCAGACUCAAUGGUCCCCGAUAACGACUCCUGAUGGCUGGAUAAUAAUUCAAUCACCGAGUACAAAGACACCCGAAGCUGAUAACACCACUGAAAGUACAAAAAUCACAUCAACAUCAUCUCCCACAACUCCAGUGGUAAUUACAACUCAAGAGGCAAGUACAGAGGCCACAACAUCAAAGCCGACAGUACCGACUGGAACACCUUCACCAGCCUCGGAAGUUACCACUGGAACCCCUGAAACACCGGACAGUUUCAAUAUGUCCGACUAUAAGCAAGUGUGCGGGAGAAGAUUGUUCCCUGAAUCGAGAAUAGUGGGUGGAGAACGUAGUUUGUUUGGCAAGUGGCCUUGGCAGAUAUCAUUGAGACAGUGGAGAACCUCCGCAUACCUGCACAAAUGCGGUGCUGCAUUAUUGAACGAGAAUUGGGCGAUAACUGCAGCUCAUUGCGUCGAAAAUGUACCACCGAGUGACCUUUUACUCCGAAUUGGUGAGCAUGACUUGGCAAACGAGGACGAGCCCUAUGGUUUCCAAGAGAGACGGGUGCAAAUUGUUGCCAGUCAUCCGAACUUCGAUCCAAGGACCUUCGAGUAUGAUCUAGCUCUGCUGAGAUUUUACGAGCCCCUUUUGCCGUUUCAACCGAAUCUUUUACCAAUUUGUCUCCCCGACGAUGAUGAGGGGUACGUGGGGCACACGGCGUACGUCACCGGUUGGGGACGACUCUACGAAGACGGACCACUACCGUCGGUUCUACAAGAAGUUUCUGUACCUGUUAUCAAUAAUACUGUUUGCGAGUCGAUGUACAAACAGGCUGGAUUCAUAGAGCACAUUCCGCACAUAUUUAUCUGCGCCGGAUGGAGAAAAGGAGGAUUCGAUUCUUGUGAGGGCGACAGUGGUGGUCCCCUGGUGAUACAGAGGCCACGGGACAAGCGAUGGAUUCUCGCUGGUGUAAUAAGCUGGGGAAUAGGUUGCGCCGAGCCCAAUCAACCGGGAGUUUACACAAGAAUCUCCGAAUUUCGAGAGUGGAUUAAUCAAAUCCUGCAGUUCUGAAGUGAUAUCGGAAUUAUCAUAAUAAACAACGAAAUAAAAAUCCAACGACUGAUGGAUGAUUCCCGAAUCUCACCCCAUCCCAGUUAAUCACCUGAGAUUACUGCGGAUUGGGAGAUUAUCCACAUGUGGAUAAACAAUUACUGGUGAUAGUGACUCGUUAUUUUUUAUCGAACAAUUUAGUAUUACAUCAAGUUUCCAAUUAUCGCAUUGAAAUGCUCAGAUGGGGAACGAGCGCAAGUGGUUUAGGGAGAGGAAAUAGUUAAUUAAUUGUGCUAUUUGCUAGCAAUUCAACAGCGGUUAAUCGAUCUCACUGAGAGGAUUGAAAAUCAGAUUCUAAUGGCACAUUUUGAUGGGUCAAACUCCUACCACUUGCAGAGUACCGCCUGAAAAACUCCUCAACUCACACGGAAAAAAAUCAUUGAAGCAAUCUAUCUCGAGUUUUUUAAUUGUGACGUGAUAUCACUGAAAUAUAUCUUUUACACAUAAAAAGAUAUCGGUGAAGUGGUGAAGUGGAAGAAGUCGAAAUGACCAGCGAAGGGGAAAAGAUAACAGCUCGAGUCGAUAUCUCCGGAUCGAAGAGAGCGAAAUUUUUGUAAAAACCAUUUUCGUAGCUUUCCAUCCACUCCACAAAGUAGGUCUUGUUAAAAAUUCAGCUAUCACUGUUAAAUAACGAGACAUUCCUCGAAAAUUCGACUUGUGUCACUUAAAAAUGGAGAAAGUUGGCCCAUAUUAUAUAUUUUUCAUGUACUUUCUGUGUGGUCAUGUAUAUGUAUUAUGUUUAGGGCGAACAACGAAUACUGCCCAAGAUACUUAAUUUAUUACGAAAUACUCUAGGACAAUAGACUUAUAGAUCAUUAUCAACUCUUGUUGAUAACCAAAAGAGAAAUAUUUCUCUCUGGAGAGCCUCUAUCUGUAAAUAUCCUGAAUUUGUACGUAGAAUUUUACAGUCUAGUGUGUAAAAUAUAAUAAAUGA